UUGUGCUGCCGUCACUCGAAGCCCGACAGCAUCAUGGCCGUCCCACGCGUCAUCCUUUUCGCUGCCCUCCUCGCCACAGCUUUGGCAGACGAUACAACUUUUGUUAAUUGCGCCGAAUCUGACCCCAAUGUGUGCCAAGUGUCAGCAGUACGGAUCACUCCGUGCCGGAACCCAGGCAAAUCCUGCACUCUCAAGAAAGGCACAGACGCCUCCAUCUCCUUCGAUUUCAAUCCAAACUACAGUGCAAGCAACCUGAAAACGUACGUGUACUGGGACAGUGGUUCCGCUGACCUUCCGUUCCUGGGCUUUGGGUCUGACAAUGCCUGCACAUACACCUCGUGCCCCAGCGUGGCUGGCCAGGCACAGACCCUCAACUACUCCUUGCAUCUCCACAAGAAACUGCCAUCGGGCAAUUUCAAGCUAAAGUGGAAAGUCUGGGAUGACGACCAGAAGGAACAUGUCUGCUGCUUCACCACCGACAUUAAAUUGGUUAAGUAAUUUAAUCGUAUCUAAAUAAAUGUUACCUGUAUAUAAUAACCAC